AUGAGUGCUUUAGGACGUCCUAAAGAUAUGUUUUCAGAUACUGCUAUACAAUUACAACCUAUCUUUGCUCAAUGGGUACAAAACACUCAUGCUUUAGCACCCAGUUUGACAGCUCCUGAUGCAACAGCAAGCACCAACUUAACCUGGGGAGGCGGCGAUUUGGUAGCAGUAGGUGCCAAAGUGGCUUUGUUACCUAUUCCAUUAGGAACUAUGGAUUUUUUAGUACACCAUAGUCAUGCAUUUACUAUCCAUGUGACUAUAUUAAUAUUACUAAAAGGUGUUUUAUUUGCUCACAGUUCUCGUUUAAUACCCGAUAAAGCGAAUCUUGGUUUUUGUUUUCCUUGCGAUGGGCCUGGUAGAGGAGGAACAUGUCAAGUAUCUACCUGGGAUCAUGUCUUCCUAGGAUUAUUUUGGAUGUACAAUGCAAUUUCGGUAGUAAUAUUUCAUUUUAGUUGGAAAAUGCAGUCUGACGUUUGGGGUAGUAUAAGUGAUCAGGGAGUGGUAACUCAUAUUACAGGAGGAAACUUUGCACAAAGUUCCAUUACAAUUAACAGGUGGCUUCAUGACUUUCUAUGGGCACAAGCUUCUCAAGUAAUCCAACCUUACGGUUCUUCAUUAUCUGCAUAUGGCCUUUUAUUCUUAGGUGCUCAUUUCGUUUGGGCCUUUAGUUUAAUGUUCCUAUUUAGUGGCCGUGGAUAUUGGCAAGAACUUAUUGAAUCUAUUGUUUGGGCUCAUAAUAAAUUAAAAGUUGCUCCUGCUAUCCAGCCAAGAGCCUUGAGUAUUGUCCAAGGACGUGCUGUAGGAGUAGCUCAUUACCUUCUGGGUGGAAUCGUCACAACAUGGGCGUUCUUCCUAGCAAGAAUUAUUGUAGUAGGAUAA